AUGAUCAGCGGCAGCGGCGGCCUCCCGCCCCCCCAGCCGUCCCCCUCCUCCUCCGCCGCCUCCUCGGCGGCGGCCGCGGCCGUAGUGGUGGCCCCGCCGGGGGUCGGCGGGGUCCCCGGCGUGGUCGGCGCGGCGGCGGCGGUAGCGGCGGGCGUGAAGCUCAAGUACUGUCGCUACUACGCCAAGGACAAGACGUGUUUCUACGGGGAGGAGUGUCAGUUCUUGCAUGAGGACCCGGCCGCCGGGACGGCCCCGGGCCUCGGCCUCCAUAGCAACAGCGUCCCCCUAGCCCUAGCCGGCGGCGGGGCCGCGGCGCCCGGGCCGGCGGGCUACUCGCACGGAGCUGGCCCCGGUGGCGGAGUGGGGCUGCCGCCGGGGCCCAAGAAGCCGGACCUGGGGGGGCCCGGAGGAGGAGCAGGCGGCGGCGCCGGAGGAGGAGCAGGAGCAGCAGCAGGCGGCGGAGGCGGGGGGCUGGACGGACCGCGGCUGACAAUUCCUGGAAUAGAUGGAGGUGCUUUAACUGAUAGUACUCUCACAGAUUCCUAUUUCAGCACCAGCUUUAUUGGAGUCAAUGGAUUUGGAAGUCCUGGAGAAAACAAGUUUCCCAUGAUGCAGAGGAUGACUAAUAGCAGCAGUUCCCCAAGCCUUCUUAAUGACAGUGCCAAGCCAUAUGCCAGCCAUGAUCCUUUAGGUUCACCUGGUUCAUCUUUGUUUAAUGACUUUGGUGCCCUCAGCAUCUCUCAGAGGAGGAAGCCAAGGAAGUACCGACUGGGGAUGCUGGAGGAGAGGCUAGUUCCGGUGGGAUCAAAGGCACGAAAAGCAAAGAAUCCUAUUGGCUGCCUGGCUGACAGGUGUAAAUCAGGAGUACCCAUCAAUAUGGUUUGGUGGAACAGAGUCACAGAAAACAAUCUACAGACACCAAAUCCUACUGCAAGUGAGUUUAUUCCUAAAGGAGGAUCAACCUCCAGGCUGAGUAACCUGUCCCAGUCAAAUAUGUCUGCCUUCUCUCAAGCCUUGUUUUCUCACCCAUCUGUGGGAAGUCCUGCUGCUGCUGGACUAGCACCAGGAAUGUCACUCUCUGCUGGAUCCUCGCCUCUUCAUUCCCCUAAAAUUACUCCACAUACAUCUCCUGCACCUAGAAGAAGAAGUCAUACUCCAAACCCAGCAAAUUAUUUGGUGCCUUCUAGUGCCUCUACACCUCUUAAUAAUCCUGUUUCUCAGACUUCAUCUACUGGCCAGGUUAUCCAGAAGGAAACUGUAGGUGGAACAACAUACUUCUAUACUGACACAACUCCAGCACCUUUGACUGGAAUGGUAUUUCCAAACUAUCAUAUUUACCCUCCAACUGCACCUCAUGUCGCAUAUAUGCAACCAAAAGCAAAUGCACCUUCCUUCUUCAUGGCUGAUGAACUCCGGCAGGAGCUGAUUAACAGGCAUUUAAUAACAAUGGCUCAAAUUGAUCAAGCAGAUAUCCCAGCAGUUCCUGCAGAAGUCGACAGCUACCAUAGCCUUUUCCCUUUAGAACCACUGCCACCACCCAACCGGAUACAGAAAUCAAGUAAUUUUGGGUAUAUCACAUCAUGCUACAAAGCUGUAAACAGCAAAGAUGAUCUGCCUUAUUGCCUUCGGCGGAUACAUGGUUUUCGACUUGUUAAUACAAAAUGUAUGGUAUUGGUUGAUAUGUGGAAAAAAAUUCAACACUCAAAUAUUGUAACAUUGCGUGAAGUAUUUACCACUAAAGCAUUUGGAGAGCAUUCCCUAGUGUUUGCGUAUGAUUUCCAUGCUGGAGGAGAAACUAUGACAAGCAGACACUUUAAUGACCCUAGUGCUGAUGCCUAUUUCACAAAGAGAAAAUGGGGUCAGCAUGAUGGACCAUUACCAAGACAGCAUGCUGGGUUAUUGCCAGAGUCUCUAAUUUGGGCGUAUGUCGUCCAGCUCAGCUCUGCUUUGAGAACUAUUCAUACAGCAGGACUGGCUUGUCGUGUUAUGGACCCAACAAAGAUUCUGAUAACUGGCAAAACAAGGUUGCGAGUAAAUUGUGCUGGCAUUUUUGAUGUUUUAACAUUUGAUAACAGUCAGAAUAAUCCAUUGGCACUAAUGGCUCAAUUCCAGCAAGCAGAUCUGAUGUCAUUAGGAAAAGUUGUGUUGGCUUUGGCUUGCAACUCUUUGGCAGGAAUUCAGCGGGAAAAUUUGCAGAAAGCAAUGGAACUGGUGACAAUCAACUAUUCCUCUGAUCUGAAGAAUCUGAUUUUGUAUUUGCUGACUGACCAAAACAGGCUACGAAGUGUAAAUGAUAUCAUGCCAAUGAUUGGUGCUCGAUUCUAUACUCAACUGGAUGCUGCACAAAUGAGAAAUGAUGUCAUAGAAGAAGACCUAGCCAAGGAGGUUCAGAAUGGAAGACUAUUUAGGCUUCUAGCAAAAUUGGGAACCAUCAAUGAGAGACCAGAGUUUCAGAAGGACCCCACUUGGUCAGAAACUGGAGAUCGAUAUUUGCUGAAACUCUUUAGGGAUCAUCUCUUCCAUCAGGUGACUGAAGCAGGUGCCCCAUGGAUUGACCUCAGUCACAUUAUUUCUUGUCUUAACAAGCUAGACGCUGGUGUGCCCGAAAAAAUAAGCCUCAUUUCCAGGGAUGAGAAGAGUGUCCUCGUGGUGACAUAUAGUGACUUGAAGCGCUGCUUUGAGAACACUUUUCAAGAACUAAUUGCGGCUGCCAACGGCCAGUUGUAGUAUUUGCUAAAAGCAUGCAGGACAUUGCUGAGGAACUUGACCAGUAGCAAAUUGCACUACCACUGAGUUGUUGUUGUCAUCGCUGUCGUCUCAUUUCACAUUUGGGAAGCAAGCAGAAAGUGAGCAGAGUUGCUCACACUUGAAUCAGGUACAUGGUUACUUGAAAGGGAGAGUGUUUCCCUUAUCCUAGAGCGAUGGCUGCCACCGGAGGCUUAUCUGUGAAGAAUUUAUUUUAGAGUGAGGAACACCAGCAGGUGCAUGAUGUUCCUGCUUUUAUUUUUUCCACUUGUAUAUGCACUAAUUUUAAUUUUUUAAGACUUUUUUCUGAUCUCUGAAGUUUUGCCACAUUAUAUACUUAUUAAGGGAAACUAUUUGCAAGGACACUUUUGGGCAACAUUUUUGUCACUUGAGGAUAUUGCAAAAUUUGCUCAUUUUGAUAUGAUUUGCCCAGGAUAACGUAAAGGACCAGGUAUAUAAUUUCACAGAUACGCCCUUCUUUACAGUAUAGUGCAUAAUCCUUGUAGGAGUGUUGUAUGCAAGCUCUAUAUGCCAUCCGCUGUUAGUUAUCCAACCAGAAGAUGGAGAUUUUUUAAAAGAACACACAAAGUAUCAUUGAAUUGAUGGAUUCGAAUUUCCCUAUCAGUUGAUUUAAGUACUUUCUGAGCAAAGUGAUGUUAUUUGAAACACUUGGACAAAUAUCAGUAAUUUUAUAAGGAGCAUCUUGAGGUGUUUGCUCCGAAUACAGCCAGCGCCUUUUAAAAAAGUGUAUGUCUGUUUCCCUGAUAGUCAGAUGCAUUUACAUUUAUGCAAUUUUUUUAAUAGAGAAAAAUUUUUUUAAAGAAAUUGUGUUUUUAAAAAAAAGGCCUGAAGUUCAGGAGUGUAUUACUUUAGGUUAUUUACAGUAUACUUUUUUUUGUAUAAAGUUCUGUUCUUUGAACCACAGCUUUAUUAUGGUACUUUACACUGGAUACAGAUACAAAGACACUGUUAAGAAGAUUAACUAAACACAGCAGUAGUCUGGCAUCAAGAGCUUUUUGAAGUUUUUCAGCCUGAAUCUGGAGGGAUAAUGAUCUGCUGUGCCUUUGCAGUCACUGCUUAGCCCAAAGUAAUAUUACUUUUGAUAAUAACUCACCAUGUGGAAUAUUCCUGAAUAAGUCACUCUCAAAAGUUUGGAAUUUUCCUCCUAACUUUCUUAAUAUUUGGACAUGCAGUUGCCGCCAAACUUGGGUAUUCAUGGAAUUUAUAGUAAAAGAUAAAACACCUAUACUUUGAUACUGAAGACUGCCAAAUACAUAGGAAUUUUCUUUCUUAAUGCAGUAGUGAAGACUAUGUAUCCUUUCCCAGCACUGAAUGUUUUAAUAGCACUGGGUGCUCACCACACAACUAUGAAGAAAAUGUGGAAACUCAAAAGGUCAGGACAGACUCUAAACACUUGCAACUGAUGUUACUGACUUCAGUUUUAAUAAUUCUACAUAUUUGUAGUUUUCAGAGAAGUUUUUAAUAUUUCUCUGUCCACUUUUUAUAAGCUUUAAAAAUGAUUCUCUGCCUUGAGAUAUGCAUCAAGAAAAAGCAUCUCUCUUCACCUGAAAGCUUUGAAGACUAGAGAAGCGCUUUACACAUUUUAAGAAAUGUGGUUGAGUCCACAUUUGGUAGCAUCAGUUGUUGAGUUUAAAAAAAAAUCAAUUAUUGUUGCAUUUGAUCUGGAUGGAUUUUAAAAAGAACAUAAUGUUCACUAUUAAAAGGAUAAUUAGCAAUUGCCACAAUAUUGUUCUUUUUAAUGUAAAAGGAACAAGAAUUUGCAGAAGUUAACAUGCAAAAGUCUUUUAUCAUUAGCUCGUGUAUUUGAGGAAGAGCAGCUGUCUUUUUAUAUAUGUUUUUGACAAAUCAUAUUGUAAUUCUUUUGUACAAAAAAGAAGUACUUGUAUUCUAGAAGAAAUAUGAAAUGCUUAAUUUAUAAGCGGGCUGGAGAUUUUUUCCAAUAUUGUUUUCUUUGAAAAUGAAAGGGGAUCAUCUAUUUAGUUUUUGGGUUUGGGAACCUUUAAAAAUUUAAUUUGUGGACCAAUGUUUUGUGAAAGCAGAGAAAGGGCAGGGGUAAAAUAGGGCUUGAAUUUCUCAUUCUAUAUAGACCAGCAAACUUCCCUCUGCAAGGCAAGUCCAAAUAGCAAACCCCAAGUGUAUUUGCAGCAUAAAUGCCAGUUUGCUUCAGCCCCCAGUAACCUCAGGACUCGGUUAAAAAAUAAAAGGUAGACAGCUGAUAUGUUUUCAUAAGUAAAUAUUGUCAGCCAGAAAACAGUUGGUGUCAGGUAAAUGCAUUUUUAAGCUCUGUUUUAUAUUUAUUUUUUCAUUUAGUCCAUUCUUGGGAAUGAUUUUAACAAGAACUGUCAGAAGUUUUGCUUAGGUGUUUUUUGGGGGAGCUUUCUUUUCCAUCGUGUAAUUCCAUUUAAGAGGUUGUCUAAAAGUUUGUCUGUUUCAUUCAUAGGAAGAUUUCAAUGUCUAAAACACAGUCACAAGUUAAGGACAUAAUCCUUCCACUCCUUCCUGUUUUGACAGAUAAAAAGCACAGAAAGGGCAACCUUAGAAAUCAUGUGAUGUCGGUCAUUUAAAUUUUUGUACCUGUUUUAAAUUCUGUUAUGUAUUUACUACAUUGUAAAUAUUUUUGAGGGUACCUCUUUUUUGGUUUUGACCUUGUUUCAGUGAUUCAAAAGUCAACAGCUUCCCUAAAAAGCACCAGUAUGUUCAGUUCUAAUGUCAUGAUCCCAAUUUGUGUUACUCAUCUUUAAUCCUAUUUUCAGUCUUCAUGUGUACAGCAGUAUUUUUAAUAAAGAAUUACAAAAGUA